AUGGCAGACUCUGAUGCGCAAGAGGCUCGCCAACCCGCAAAAGAGUCGCCGUUCUCCAUAAAGAACCUGCUGAACAUUGAAGACAAACCCACGAAGCCGAAAAGCUUCCUCGGCUCGUCCAAAGGAGUGUUUGAAGGCAGCUUCUUCUCCCGGCUCGGUGACUUGUCUUUCCCUCGAUUAGAGUUGCCCACACAGAGAAUUGGACUAUCAGCGCAGUAUUUGGAGAGAGCGUCUACCUGGUGGUACCCAUACACGCUCGGGACUCAUCUGAGAACAGGAGGGUCUGAGAAGGCCAACCUGAGAGAAGCAUCACCCGCUCCGGACAGGCGCUCCCCGGAUCUCCAAAAAAGUGACCAAGAUGCCAAAGAGGAAAGCGCCGACGACGAUAUCGCGCUGGACGAAAGUGACUCGGAAGAGCCAAAGAAAGAAAUAGACCAGGAGGACGACUGGAGGAGAAAAACGGACGAGCUGGACUCCGACAGGAAGCCGUGUCGGAAGAAGAAGACGCGCACGGUGUUUUCCAGGAGUCAGGUCUUCCAGCUGGAGUCCACCUUCGACAUAAAGCGCUACCUGAGCAGCUCGGAGAGGGCAGGCCUGGCCGCGUCCCUGCACCUGACGGAGACGCAGGUGAAAAUCUGGUUUCAGAACCGGAGGAAUAAGUGGAAAAGGCAGCUGGCCGCGGAGCUGGAGGCGGCCAACCUGAGCCAUGCGGCGGCGCAGAGGAUUGUGCGGGUGCCCAUACUUUACCACGAGAACGGGGCACCAGAAACGGCCGCGGCCCCCGCUGCAAACUCACCGAGUAGCCAGUCACUCCUGGCUUUUCCCCACCACAUGUACUAUUCCCACCCGGUCCCGCUGCUGAGGCCUGUUUAA